GAAAUGGCGUUACAGUCGGUUAGUGCGUUGUUCGUUGGAGUUCUGUUGGCAUGGAGCGUCGCGGCCCCCAGCGACCCCUGCUUCAAUUACGACAACGUCUCUAAGGGGAAAGGAGAUAAGAACGACGUCAUGGAGAGUGUAGCAUGGCACAGACCGCUGUCAGCGACGUCACGGCAGGAGGAGGAGUUGAUGCAGAGGUCUGCGCGAGCGCUGACCUCCGCCACCGACCCGCUGGAGAAGCUCCGUCUACUCUGCUUGUCCCGUGGCGCGUCGGGCAUAUUGGGCCUUGGAAGGAUCUUCCGACGAAUGGAUGACGACGGCAGCAAGCAGUUGAAUCAGGAAGAGUUUAUCAAUGGAAUCAAGGAAACUGGACUAGAACUUAACCAUACGGAUGCAGUGGAGCUGUUCAACAGGUUCGAUACAGACAAGAGCGGUUCCAUCAGCCUUGAUGAAUUCUUAGUACACAUCCGUCCUCCCAUGUCAGACUCUCGCAAGGCUAUCGUAGAGCAGGCGUUCAAGAAGCUGGACAAGACAGGAGACGGAUUCAUCACCGUCGAUGAUAUCCGAGGAGUCUACGCUGUUACUUCACAUCCCAGAUACAUGAGCGGUGAAGAGACAGCGGAUUUAAUCCUGAACAAGUUCCUUUCUAACUUUGAGUCUGAAGGAUCAGUGGACGGCAAAGUAACUUUGGAGGAGUUUAUGAACUAUUACAGCGGGAUCAGCGUGUCCAUUGACAAUGAUUGCUACUUCGAUCUGAUGAUGCGCCAGGCUUACAAGCUUUAAGAGAAUAACAUACGCCUCAACAGAAGGACGGACACCACAAUUAUUGAAAUUUAUUUUCAGCUUGAAAUUUUAAAUUGUAGUCCCUUGCCUGGUCUUUAAAAUUGUUCUUUUAUCAAUAGUACUCCAGAAUCGUACCGACCGAAGAGUUUUAAUGUACAUUGACCAGCAGGUCAUCAGGCCUUUCUGUCCAAUUUCUUUACCUUGCCGUUUUGAUAUGAUAAAGUUGAAAAUCCAAAUAGGCUUUAGGUUACUGGUUUACCUGCAAACUCAUCAAUAGAUAUUCAACUUUAUUGUAUAACUUAACGGUUGAAGAUCUAUUCGAGAAUACGUUUUGGAAUGUACACUAAAACUAAUGGUCCAAUCGAACAAGAUGGCCACGUUGACUACUUUAGGAUGAUCUGAUACUGCGUUAUAAAAUAAUUUUGCAAAUGGCAUACAAUUUCUUGACAUGAUCACAGAUCUGUACGAUGUGUCCCCGGGACAGCGAGUCAUAAUAAUUUUAAUAUAUUUUAAACGAAAUCUACUAGUUCUGACCUUGGGGUUAUUUUUACCACACCCGCUUAUUCAAUCGCUUAUAUAGCUAUUGAUUUUUUAGAAUACAAUAUGUUUAUUUAAAAUAUUAAAGUACUUUACUUGCUUCAACUUACUUUCAAAGUUACUGGUUUAGUAUGAAUGUUGACCAGCCCUAUUUUCACUACUAUUUGUUAACAGUAUUGUCAUUUGGUGUUCCGUACUUUUGUAGGCUCAUUUUUGCACCAACCUCUUUCGAUGGUCGUUUAGCCGUUUCGGUGUGCACUUACAUUUCUAACAUAAUUUAAUACAGCUGUAUUUUAAUUUAAUAAAUUAUUAUCGUGUGG